AACAAAAUAAAAAAAAAAAUUAUUAAUGUUGUUUACCAAUCAUNAUGAUCUUCUUUUUCUGGUUCUAUUCGAGCCGAUCUCUCGAUCUUUCAUCUCCAUUUUCCUUUUUUUAUCAGGUUCUCUAAAAUUCAGAUUUGUCUGAAAAAUUACAAGCCGAAGAAAUUAAAGUGAAGGGUGAAGGAUUAAAUGCGCCUAUUAAAUCAAAGAAAGAUUUGAUUUUUCGAAAAGGGCAUCUCAAAUUUCGGUCAAAGAUCAAACUUUCAGAAUGGGCAUCUGAUAUUUCUCCAAAUUGUUGAAUUUCUGAAAAUGGGUCUUCGAAAUUGUUGAAGAAGAAAUUUGUCUGCUCAAGAUUUUGCGUUUGGAUCUUAAACAGAUCGAGCUACAGAGGUGUCUGAAGCUAGGAAUUUGGGAGAUCUUUUUAUUUUUCCUUUUUUUUUUUAUUUUUCAUUUCCCCAAAAAAUGGCAGCAAUUGACAUAGAAAAUGUGGAGUGCGUAUCUUCAUCUGAUGGGAUCGAGGACGAAGAGAUCCGGGCAGCCGUAUCUUCUAAUCCAAAUCAAUAUUCUUCAAAGCGCCAUAACAUAAUCUCAUCUGGGCUUGGACCCACAAGUGUUCAUGAGUUGCUCGAAUGCCCAGUUUGCACUAAUUCUAUGUACCCACCAAUCCAUCAGAACAAUCGAAAUGGUGAUGUGAAUAGCUUUGAAGUUUUGAAUGAGUGCCACAACGGGCACACUCUUUGCUCGACUUGCAAAGUGAGAGUGCAUAACCGAUGCCCCACUUGCCGGCAAGAGCUUGGGGAUAUCAGAUGUUUGGCCUUAGAGAAAGUUGCCGAGUCCCUCGAGCUUCCCUGCAAGCACUACUCUUUGGGCUGCCCAGAAAUAUUUCCUUACUACAGCAAACUCAAGCACGAGGCAGUUUGUAAUUUCAGACCAUAUAAUUGCCCCUAUGCCGGGUCCGAAUGUGCUGCCACUGGGGAUAUACCCUUUCUUGUUUCACACUUGAGAGAUGACCACAAAGUGGACAUGCACUCUGGAUGCACUUUUAACCACCGAUAUGUGAAGUCGAACCCUCGUGAGGUUGAGAAUGCCACGUGGAUGUUAACUGUAUUCCACUGUUUUGGGCAGUAUUUCUGCCUCCAUUUCGAGGCCUUUCAGCUUGGGAUGGCCCCAGUUUACAUGGCCUUCCUCCGUUUCAUGGGGGAUGAAAACGAGUCGCGCGAAUAUACCUACAGUCUUGAGGUGGGUGGAAAUGGAAGGAAGCUCGUCUGGGAAGGAACCCCAAGAAGCAUUCGGGACAGUCACCGUAAGGUCCGUGAUAGCCAUGAUGGGCUGAUUAUACAGAGGAAUAUGGCCCUCUUUUUCUCUGGUGGGGACCGAAAAGAACUCAAGCUCAGGGUCACGGGUCGGAUUUGGAAAGAGCAACAGGGCUCGGAUUCCGGUGUAUGCAUCCCGAAUCUUUGUAGUUGAGGAUGUGAGUUCGAAAGAUGGGCGGGUUAUUUUUGUUUUAAAUUUAUGUUGUGGUUUUUGUGUUUGUGUUUUUAACUCGAAUAUAUUAAUGUAUGUUUUUAUUGUAAUUUGGGAUUUCUGAUAUGGGUUUUAACAGCAAUGAAAUGGUACUGAUUUUAUGCAUUUGGGUGACAGAUCAAGUGGAUAUGUUUAAACAGGCUGCAGUUUCUUUGGGUUC